AUGAUUGACAUUGUUGUUUGCGGAAGUAUUGUUCAAGAUUUAGUAAGUUACACGGAUCAAUUUCCACGACCAGGUGAAGCAGUAAAAGGUACAUUUGCAACAUCACCAGGUGGAAAAGGUGCUAAUCAAGCUGCUCAAGCUGCUAUGUUAGGUGCGACAGUAUACAUGAUCGGAAGGGUUGGUAAAGAUGUAUUUGGAGUAUGUAAUGUGGAGAGUUUGAAAAUUUUUGGCGUAAAUACUAAAUAUAUUGAUGUUAGUGAGAGUGAAAAAACUGGCUGCUCUACAGUAAUUGUUACAAAAGAUGGUCAAAAUGCGAUAGUAGUUGCACCAGGUGCAAAUCUAGAAUAUUCAUCAUCCCGGAUUGAUGAACUGGAGGAAGUUAUCGCUUCCACAAAAUUGGUACUUUGUCAGAAUGAAAUAAGCUAUGAAUCCGUAAAAAGGAUGUUCGAAUUAGCCCGAAAGCACAAUAUAAAAACAUUUCUGAAUUAUGCUCCAGUUGAAGAGACUUUCGCUAAAAGUAUUUUAAAAUUGGCAGACAUAUUAUGCGCAAAUGAAAUUGAGGCAGAAUAUCUCGCAGAUCAAUGUAUUAAAUCUAUUGAAGAUGCGCAAAAAGCUGCCAGGAAGUUACUGGAUGUUGGUCCAUUAAUUGUGAUUUUAACUCUCGGAGCGAAAGGUGUUGUAUAUGAUAGCAAACAGGGUGAUUCAGGUCACAUAAGCGUACCAGCAGUCAAAGUUGUUGAAACUACGGGUGCUGGAGAUAGUUUUUGUGGUGCAUUUGCAUAUUUCCUCGUGAAGCGAUCUGAAUUGGUGCUAAAAGAACAGAUCCGACGUGCUGCACACAUUUCUACCCUUUCAGUACAACGAAAAGGUACCCGUGAUUCGUAUCUAUGGCCAAAAGAUCUACCUUCGAACUUAAUAAUGUGA